AUGUUUGUCCCUACAUUCUGCUCAACACUAUUACACGAUCACGACUUCCACAUUCGGCUUAAGCGAUACUACAGUCUGGUCUCUGCGACAAAUGGAGCUAGCACCAAAAAGGCAAAUCGGAUUACAGAAUCACAAUUUCCAAAGGAAGACACAGUCGAAGCCAUGACCAGCGACUACAGCGAAUCAGAGGCAGCCAUGUGGACCGUGACACGUUUCAGCCUGAGAGCCUGA